AGAGAAAAAGGAAAGGAGGAGACUCACAGAGCAUCUGCUGAAUGUAGGCCAUUGGGUCAUAUUUCUGUUGGAUUUUAAAGCCUUUUUGGUGCUCAAAAGUGGGAAAAUCUGAUCUACUUAUUGAAGAAAAGAGUACUGACUGUAAACAGAGUAAGCUACAGGACAAGAAGGUUUGAUUGCAUGUUGACAGAAGUUGUCAGACUGUGUGCAAGAGACAAGAAAAGACAGCCGAGAGGAGGGGAAGUCUGACCAAAGCUCGGCCUCUUCCUGCCUCACAAUCGGCUCAGGAAGUGCAGGCAGAAACAAGAGAGAGGGGAGGGCUGACUCAGAGAAACAUUUUUUUUUCCUUUUGCCUUUUAGUUUUCCCUUAUUCAGUCCUACACAGAUCAACAGGAGGAAGAGGAAAAAAAAACAAGGAGGAGUGUGGAGCAGAGAGGAGGCGGAGCUUUCAAUGGAGCUGAGACAGAGUGACAGAGAGAAGUCGAACAGUCAGUCUGUGGAAAUAUGAUGGAGGCCAGCGUUGUUUCUACAGACGCAGGCCAUGCAAGCCCUCUGACAGGACCUCUCGACACUCCAUCAAUCACUUCUAUCGCCUCCGUCCCUCCAUCUUCCCCCCUCUCUCCACCUUCCCUGCCCUCCUCCCUCCCUCCUGCCCGGCCAUGUCGACCCAAACCGCCUCCUCCUCCUCCUCCUACGCCCAAACCCUCCCAGCUCCCCACCAGUUCUCCUCCACCUUUGUCCAUUCCGUCCACUCCUCCAUCCCUCCCUCCUGCCUCCAGACCUCCCCUUCCUCCUCCCUCCAUUCCUACACCUUCCCCUACUUCAUCCAACCUUCCUCCUCCAUCUCUUCCUCCUCCUCUCUCCCCAAUUCCGGCAUCGCCGUCACCCCUGUCCCCUCUUCAGCCGAGUCUCUCCUCCGAGCUGACCCCCUCUACUCCUCCUCCUCUCCUUCCUCUUAUAUUAUCACCAGCUAUCUCGUCCUCCCCAUCACCUGCUCCACCUUCUCCCCCUGUCAUCCAAUCAUCUUCCCAAACUCCAAGCAAUUUAAGUCUGAUAGAUCGGUUGGUUGGGAGCGCCUCGGUGUGGCAGCACAAAGGACUCAGCCAAGAGAAAAUCACAAGUAUGCUGGAGAAAGAGACAGCAGGGGCGUUCCUGGUUCACGGCGCAGAGCGUGAGGCCAUGACCCUAUCGGUGCGGCUGCCUGAUGAAGAGGGGGCGCCACUUGUUAACAACCUGCGGGUCAAACAGCACAAAACAUAUAUCCACCUAGAUGGCUCCAGUCUGGUUUUUGAUGACGACAUCUUCAAACUGAUCUCCUUUUACUUUGCCAGCAGGGACAUCCUUGCCAUCCCAUUGAGGUUACCGCAGGCUAUUACCACGGCAACCAACAGAAAGGAGCUGGAGGUCAUCUCCACUAUGGGAGCAGAUUUCUGGACGUCUGAUCUGCACCAGCAGGCAAAGAACCAGGAUCUGGAUUUGGAUCAGAACCACAACAACCUGUUCUUGUAUGUAAACCCGGUGACUGUAGAGGAGACCCCCAACAAAGACCUGAACCCCCCAUCUAUCUCUAAACCUGAGAUCAUCACCAGUCAGAACAUCCCCGUCUCCAUGCAGAACGGAGACGCUCCAGAGAAAGUCAGCACAGAGGCCAACAGUCAGACUAAAAACAUGCCAAACAUGGAGAUAAAAUACAAACGCCCCCCACCUAGACCCCCCAGUCUGAGCUCAGGGUCUGGGGUUGGACUCCUCUUCUCAUCUCCGCCUAACACCUCGUCAUCUGUAAACACAGCAGCUGAGAGAAAAGAGGAAGGAAGGGGAGGAGUAGGGGAGAAAGAAGAGAGGAAGUCAAUGUCAACAUCACCUCCUCCGUCACGGCCUCCCGUCCCGCUGCAGAGCCGAGCUGCUCCUCCUCUGCCUCCUGCUCCUCUCCGUCGCACCUCCUCAAAGAAGAGCACCGACCGAGAUGUGGCCGAGGGGAGGGAGAGAGAGAAGGGACAAAAUCCUGCAAAGAAAACAGAGGGAGAGGAGGGAGGAGAGAGAGGAGAGGCGAAAAUGGGAAGUAAAUCAGGUCUGCAGAGUGAGGGUGUUGAACAUGAGAUCAGUGGCCAACAGAAAGAGGAGGAGGAGGGGAAAAGAGAGGAUGAGAAGCAGCAAAAUAAAGAGGAAGACAAAAACAAACCCAGCUCAACGUGUCCACCAUUAAUCAAGAAACCGUCCCGUCCAGUCCCUCCACCCAGGAGGAAACCAUCCUCACCAGAAGCACCUGUGCAGCCCAACCAGGCAGGAGGAGGAUCAACCAAUCAGAGCGCCGGGAUGAGAGUCCCCCCGCCCCCCUCAGCACGGCGCCCAGAUGUGUCCCUGUACUCACCACAGGGGGGAGCUGUGCUCGGAACAGACCCUGACUCCUGCUCCACCAGCAGCACAGAGGAAGAAGGAGAGCAGAACCAGGAGCAGGAGCAGAACCACAGCCGCACUGCAGAGAGCCGCAGCCCCAAAGUGACCGUCAAGAGAACUCCCACCACCGUCAUGUUGGACCGAGCUCGACAUCGCCUCUCCACCGUCCUCACGGGCCUCAUCAGCCACGACCGCCGCCUGACACAACGCAUCGUGGAGCUCACCAGGGACCCUCUGAGCUACUUUGGAAACCUGGUCAAAGAGCACCGUGCGUUCACCCUGGAGACCAUGUCGAACCACUCCUCCUCCACCGAGCUGCUGCAGGAGAUCAGACAGAUGGUGACUCAGCUGAAGAGUUACCUGCUGCAGAGUACAGAGCUGCAAGCAAUGCUGGAGCCGCAGCAUCAGUAUGCACAGGACAAACUGGAGAGUAUUGCAGAAGCAGCGAUGUGUAAGAGUGUCCUGAAGCCACUGAGGGAGCCGAUUUAUCAGAGUCUGGAGAAACUUCACAAUAACAACAGCAGCCUCAAACAACUGGCACAGAACCAGUCUGUAGUCCUCGGCAGCACCACCACCGCUUUGGGAAUAACCACAGCCGUCCCCGAGGCCUCUGCGAUGGAGAAGAUCAACAUCAAACUGAACAACCUCCAUCUGGAAUAUUCUCCAAAGAAGAUCGAGAUGCUGCUGAAGGCCUGCAAGAUCAUCUACGACUCCAUGGCUGUCAGCAGCCCAGGGCGGGCCCAUGGUGCUGAUGACUUCCUGCCAGUAAUGAUGUACGUCCUGGCCAGAUGUAAUCUGUCCGCCCUGCAGAUGGACGUGGAGUACAUGAUGGAGCUGAUGGAUCCGUCUUUAGCACUGGGAGAAGGAUCUUAUUAUCUGACAACCACGUAUGGAGCUCUGGAGCACAUAAAGACGUUUGACCAGCAGAGGUCAGCGACGCGGCAGCUCAGCAGAGAGGUGCAGGACUCCAUCCACCGCUGGGAGAGACGACGCACGCUCAACCAGGAGCGCAUGAACCAGGGAUCUGUGCGGGACUUUUUGACAGUGUGUUGUCCUGAAGUUGGAACCAACUCAAAGACUCUGGGCGUCCUCCCGACCACGACCAUCGAGGAGCUCGCUGAGCAAUGUGCCGCUCGCUUUGAGCAAGACGAUUACAUGCUCAGUGUGUACACGGAUGGUGCUCAGCGGCCCCUGGCCCCCACAGAGUUGGCCGUCAGUGUAAAGAACAGCUGUCAGCCCGGAUCCUACUGCUUCGUCUAUCACCCCGUCAACCAGCCAAUCAAACAGCCGGUCCGCAGCUGCCCCACCGACCCGCCCCCAGCUCCUCCGGCACAGAUCUUUUCCCCAGCUGACGUCGAGGCUGUCGAUACUGUGGAGGCGGAGGAAGAGGAGGAGAGUCUGAUUAGCUUGUAGCGGUUUCAGCAUCACAGUGGCAGCUGAUAACUGCAUCUCUGUGCAUCAUGAAAGAACUGAUUCAAAAGUUAAACAUUAAAAUGUUUUAAUGUAAGGUUAGGGAAUAUAUCGGAUAUAAAAUGAUCAUCUCCCUUCUUUGAAUUAGUUUUUAUUAUUCCACAUUUUUUAACUUAGGCCUUACUUGAACAUAUUUUGGGGUCUUAACUUAAUCGUACAAAAAGUUUUGGAUAGCUCCAGUGAAUCUCUACAGAACAAAUUGGCAGCAAACUUUUCCUUAGUGGGAACAGUGUUGAAUUAAAGUGCUUCCAAUAUGCCACAAAUGGGGACAGAUUGUAAUUUUUCCAACAUUACAAAAAAGACACUUAAAAAAAUUACCAUUUUCUUAAAGGGUUAAGAUGAUUUUCAAACUAAAAGCAGCUAUUUCUUUUGUCUCUGCAAAGCCACCAGAUUCAUCUGACAAAAACCUUGCAAGCCACAGGAGUUGUUAGUCUACUGUCGCCUCAAUAGAGUUAGAUGAAACAUUGUUUUAAGCAAUAUAUAUUGUGUUGGAUCGACAUUUAUAAUAAAAACACCGACACAGUUUGUUAUACGACAAACAAAUGGACAGACUAAGGCAGAUGAGUUACUGUCUGGUGGCUUUCAAGAGAGAGAUGUACAGUACAGCUGUUUUUAGUUUCAAUAAAACGUCUUUAUUUUGGGAGCGCAGAUAGCCUAGCAGUAAUGUUGCGCGCCCCAUGUACAGAGGCUGUCUACCCAAAACAGAAAGGCACUUACGUUUUUCAGACACAGACAAUAACAACUUUAGUUUGUCAGUAACAAAACAAGCUCGACUUAACGUACUUAUAUUUUUUUCUGCACAUAUUAUGUUGCAGCCACUACAGCCUGUUUCAUGGUUGCUGGCUCAAGCAAUCUACCCGAGCAAUUCCAAAUCUCUAUAUAUUUGAUAAUCAUUAAGACCCCAAAAUAUGUGGUUCGAGGGAAGGAAGGAAGGAAGGAAAUUAGCUUUUACAUUUCUGACUGAUCUGAUGGCGUGUGAAACAAGCAUCUCUAAAGGAGCGACUCAAAUGAGACAACACAGAGAAAAGACUGAUUGUGUUUGGCUGUGUGGGGUCUGGAACCUCAGAGACUGUGGAGGGAUUUACACAAUGUACAGAAAUAUGAAAUUGUAACAUGCACAUAUAUAUGACUCUGUUUAUAAUGUUUAUACUCUUUUCUACUUGAUGCUACCUCCUCUGGUGCUCAAGACUUCAGAAGGAGAAUGUACAUUAUUAGCUUUAGGCUACUUUACCACAUGGACUGUAAUGGUUACACGUUAUUAUAUCAGAACAAAUCCGUACUUUCUAUGGAUGUCCGCAGCAUUUACUGUCAGUAUUACUUUCAAGUAUCAAAGCAGCUUUAUGGACCAAGAGUAUCUUUUUUUAUUUUAAAUAUUUGCAGCAAGGAUCAAGAAAUUUCAUUUUACAUUAGAUUUUUUUUUACUCAUGAUUGUAAAUAAACUUGCUUUACAAUUUGCUAA